AUGGCUCGACCGAGUGUCGCGGCGCGAAACUUUUCGCAGACAGAGGAGCUGGAGCGGCUAGAGCAGUCCAUUACCCUGACUCUACAAGAAAUUGAUCACAACUUUAGCAAAGCGCACAGAAUCGUCACAUCAAGCAUUCUGCCGGUGGUGGAGCAAUAUGGCGAAAACUCCAAGGCAAUCUGGGAAGCAUCCAAGUUUUGGAAACAAUUCUUCGAGGCAUCAGCCAAUGUUUCGCUGUCUGGGUACGAGGAACUGGCCAACGAUGAGUCGACAGUCAUGGAGGAGAGCACUGCCAUGCGAGAUGACGGAGACGGCGCAGACCAUGCACGCGAUGAAGAUGACGACAAUACACCUGGCCGGCAACACAGCCACAGAACGGUCGACGAUGACGACGACGAGUCGAUGCUAGAUGACGCCGAGCUAGCAGGGAGCACACCACGACCCGGUGCCGCCAAGGUUGCCAAGGCGCACCUGUCGACCAUGGAAUCACCGUACGAAGCCAUGCGCCGCGAGAUGAAGGAUGAAGAAGACGGAGACGAUACGACGGUGCUCGACGAAGAGGAGGAUUCGUCGAUCUUGUUUGCGCAGCAAACAGCCCGCCUGCCCGACAUGUCCUUGACACCCAAGGCGCUGCUGGAUCAGCGCAACAACGAUCCGUCCACAGGGGGCAAGGAUCCGUUGCUGCAUCGUGUGCUGGAAAAGAACUACAGAAUACAAGCGACACCUCACAAACCGACCGCGAGGGGCACACCCGUGCGAAGUGCAGCAACGGCGGCAGCAGGCCAGCGAGAGAGGACGGCGUGGCAAGAUUCGCCGGCGUCAUCGCCCGAAAUGGCGAUUCCCAAGCUCCGGAGCGAGGCAUUCAUGUCGCCGUACAAGUCCGUCGCCGCUUCCAGCCGCGCAGGUGCCAGUUCGGGUGCUGCAGGGCGGCAACGGUCGACGCCGGCUGCGUCGCGAGGGCCGAGAACACCGGGCGUCAGCGUUCAGACACCCAUGAGCAAGAAAGCCAGGCAAGCUCUGGCAGAUGGAUCUAUAAAGGGCAAAGAAAAAUAUGAAAUCGAUUGGGAAAGUGACGAAGAUGACGAUGACCUAUACGGCGGCAUCAGCCCACCCAAGACGAUCCAGUUUGCGCUGCCACCAUCCAAGCUAUUACAAACACCAGCUCGAGAGGCUAGUAAGCGUAUAGUCGACGAUAUUCUGACAGAUGCAGGGGCCAACCCGGCGUCUUCCGAGUACAGCCCGACGAUGGUGAAGAUGAAUGAGGAUAUUUUGAAUGAUAGUUUUUAA